GUGUUGAGGCUGCCCGAUUCUUCGGAACCCCCUCGGACCUUGUACGAGGGCACUACCCCGUUACUUCCCCGAUACGUGGACAAACGGUGCUUCUGCGACGUUACAAAGUCACCUCCCCGACUGCUUCUCACCAUGGAAAAGGAGAUACGGUUGCUGCGUCUAGGGGCGGAGAUACAGGUUCCGGAACCCCCUGGGUGUCCCGAAGCCUCGCUGUUUGACGUCGGAAUAAAGAUCGCUGAAAAAUCGGUGGACCCCUGGGACAUUGCGGACGGGAUAAUCCCCGAGGAACAUGUGGCCAUCCGAGAAGAGGAAGCUCAGAUGGCCAGGAAAGGUGCCAUGCGCCGAGGAGGUUACUCCGUGGAAGGAACCGGAGCAGCCAAAGGGACCCGGAUCGAGCUGACGUGGACCCGGGACAGCGAGCACCGCGCCAUGAACGAAGAUGUGGAGCUACUUAUUAUCCAAGCUUGGAGGACCGAAGUGGAAGGAGACCUGCUAGGAUUUGUCUUUGGAACAGUGGCACCCGGACAUCGACAGACGAUCGUAGGGGAGCUUUUAAUUCCCUUCACGCAGCUAUUAGACGACCUGCCGAUCGACAUCAUCUCGCACUGCGAUGAGAAUCCGGCGCCACACAUUCUAUCGUGGAGUUUGACGCCUUACCUGCAAUGGUCGGCUUGUCUGGAGGAUCAAUGGGGGAACGGUAGCUACCUGUCAGACGCAGAGUACCUAAAUCCCAGGGGGAUAACUGACGUUCUCUUCUUCCAACACGGAACGAAGUCGGGAGAGGAAGCGGAAGAAGAAGAAGAAGAAGCGAAAGAAGAGGAGGAGGAGGAAACCUCUGAAGAAGAGGAAAACUACAGUGAGUAUAGCGAGCACGAGUCGGGGGCGGUGAGCGAAGAGAGCGAAGAAGGCGAAGAAGAAGAACAAGACGGGGCGAGUGCAGAAGAAGGGGCGGACCAAGCGGAAGCACAAGAGGACGAUCCUGCGGCUGAGCAACGGAGGGCGGAGAUAGCGGAAGGAAAGCGGCCCUUAGAGCAGUCGGUGGGACUAGAUCUGCCUAUACCGGACGAUCCGACCAGUCCCGAGCCGCCGAAGGAAGAAGAUGAGCUCCCUCAUGCAGAGGCAUUGGGCACGCCGGCACGGAGGCAACGAAGCCGCUCCCCCUCCCCUUCCCCCCGUCCCCUAGUUCGAGCACGUCCCGAUCCGGGGCAUCGGGCUUCGUCCCCGGUCAUUAUCCGUCCGUCCCCUUGACUUCCUGAUGGUCCGACAUAUCGAUAACCCGCUCUCCUUCCCGCACAACCCCUUCCCGACCUCCACCUUCCAUCACUUCUAUGCCACCCGCCUCG